AUAUAUACUAGGGUUGUAAUUCCAUAAAUGUUAAGAAUACAAAAACACUUAUUCUUCCAUAUCUUCCUUUUCUUCAUGGUAUCAGAGGAGGUCUUUUUUAUUCUUCGUUUUGUUUUCUAAAUGGCCGAAAUCACUCCAAUCAUGUCCGACUCAGGCAGUCCCUCGGCCUCUCUACCUUCAAAUACUUUUGAUGUUCAUACAAACCAACGAUUAUGUUCGGUUUUGUUGAAUGAGUUCAAUUAUCUUCCUUGGUCAAGAUCUGUGCAGUUAGCUCUUGGUGGAAGAUCAAAGCUUGAGUUUAUUGACAAAAGUACUGUUGUUCCUGAUGUCAAUUCUUCUCAGUAUAAAUCUUGGAUUGCCCAAGAUAAGAUGGUGCAGACAUGGCUACUUAAUUCUAUGGAAUUACAUGUUGCUGAAAUUUUCAGUUAUUAUGAAUCUUCUGCAGAUUUAUGGGAUGCUGUUAAAGAGAUGUAUGGAAAUCAAAAUAACGCGGCACGAGUUUUUCAACUCAAAAGAGACAUUGCAUGUCUUCAACAGGAAGCUUUUGGCUAAUCUUGCUCCUGAUUACGAAGAUCUCCGUAGUCAUAUACUUAUGAAUUCUGAGCUUCCUUCUCUAGGGAGUGUUUGUGCUACUAUUCAACGGGAAGAAGUCCGAAGAAAGGUCAUGAAUUGUAACCUCAAAACUGAGGUAUCUGAAGCCCGAGCAUAUAUGUUCAAUCAUAAACGAUCUGAAGAAAGAAGUUACAAGGGAAAGAGACCUGAGUUGAAGUGCAAUCAUUGUCAUAAUCUUGGUCAUACAGUGGACCGAUGUUGGGUACUUCAUCCUGAAUUGAAGCCUAAGUUUCCGAGAGAGAAUAUGCCUCAGAAACGGACUCAACCUUCGGGAUAUAAGGCUAAUCAUGUUACAACCAUGGCUGGAGAUGGAUUGUCAAGGUUCUCCUCAAGUCCAAUAACUCUUAUUAAUGAGUUUGCUUCUUAUCUUCAAGCAAAGCAAGGUGAAUCUGAUAACAAUGGGAAGUCAGCUGCCUUACUUGGUCAAUUUGCUGGAUUUCUAUCUGAAGAUAAAAAUGGUGCAACUGAUGACACAUAAGGUAUUUUGAAAGC